AUGACCACCAAUGUGGUAGAUGGAGUAUAUGGAGCUGACUCCUACAGAUGCCUCAUCAUUUGGGCUGAUAGAGGGCCAGGAAAGCUGGGAAAACCUCCUUCCACCUGCAAGACAACAAAGUCUGACCACUGUUGGGCCAAGCUGGUCAGCCAGAUAGUAUUUAAAAGUAGAUAUUUUGAUGACCUCAUUGGUCCUUUACCCAAUAAAUCCCAGAAAGAGAAUGAAAGCCAUGGAAAUGCAAUUAUUGUACAUGUAAUUAAAGAGUUCUGCGGGGGCCCAGGGCCAGCCAGGCUCUGGGCGCCGCCACGUUGGAAACUGAGGUUGGGAGUCACGGUUGCAACAGCCCCGGGCGCUGCCAGAUCCGCUGGGCAGAUGCUGGAAGUGCGCCAGGGGCUGUACCUGGGGGGAGCAGCGCCUGUGGCAGAGCUGGACCACCUGAGAAAGGCGGGCAUCACAGCGGUGCUGAUGGUGGACUCAGAGGAGCCCGACUUCAGGGCGGCAGUUGGGGUCGAGGGUGUGCGGAGCCUCUUUGUGCUGGCACUGGACAAGCCCGAGACCGACUUGCUCAGCCAUCUGGACGGGUGCGUGGCCUUCAUUGGCCAGGUCCGCGCCGAGAGCCGUGGGGUGUUGGUGCACUGUCAUGCAGGAGUCAGUCGAAGUGUGGCUAUAACUGCUUUUAUGAUGAAGACUAACCAACUUACCUUUGAAAAAGCCUAUGAAAACCUCCAGACUAUCAAGCCAGAGGCUAAGAUGAAUGAGGGGUUUGAGUGGCAAUUGAAAUUAUAUCAGGCAAUGGGAUACGAAGUAGAUACCUCUAGUGCAAUUUAUAAGCAAUAUCAUUUACAAAAGGUUACAGAGAAGUAUCCAGAAUUGCAGAACUUACCUCAAGAACUUUUUGCUGUUGACCCAACCACCCUUUCACGAGGAUUGAAAGAUGAGGUUCUCUACAAAUGUAGAAAGUACAGGAGGUCUUUAUUUCGAAGUUCUAACAUUUUGGAUCAUAAUGAAGGAAGUGGUCCUUUAGCUUUUGCCCACAAGAGAAUGAUACCAUCUUUCAUGCUUACCACAGGGAGUCAGGCUCAAUGUACAUCUUAUUUCAUUGAACCUGUACAGUGGAUGGAAUCUACUUUGUUGGGAGUAUUGGAUGGACAGCUUCUUUGCCCCAAAUGCAAUACCAAGUUGGUUUCUUUCAAUUGGUAUGGUGAACAGUGCUCAUGCGGUAGAUGGGUAACACCUGCUUUUCAAAUACAUAAGAAUAGAGUGGAUGAAAUGAAAAUGCUGCCAGUUUUGGGAUCACAAGCAAGAAAACUAUGAACUUGUGACAUUUAAUAGCUGGGAAAGAAACAAACUGAUGUGUGCACUACCCUUCUUACUGUCUGUCAUUCACUGGCAGAUUAUCUAGCUUUUAGCCAUCAACAUUUUAUUAAAAAUGUGCAAAGAUGAAAAUCACUUGAUGUGAUCUAUAAAUGUGCUUUGUUAGUUGCUUACACUAUUUAAGUAGAAUAUUUUAUAUGGAAAUCAAAACUUAUGAUCAUGUAAAUUGUACUUUGAUAUUAAAAUCUUCAGUAACCCAGAUACUUAUUUUGUUUCAUAUAAUUUAAGGGUUCUGAUUUUUAGAAUGUUGGUUAUGUGAUCUUAAGGUCUGGACAGACAGAAUUAUAUACAAAAAUCGCAAAAAAUCAUGUUUAAAUAGAUAUUCUUUAAUUACUGGAAAUGUAAAGCAAAUUUGUUUGGACAUAUUUUGAAAUUUAUUUUUCUUUAUCUCUUUUAAGGGGCAUGAGUAAAUCAAUGUAUGUCUGGAUUUCUGUUGUAAAUGUAGAA